GACGAGAGCUGCGAGAUGGAUAAUGGAUGUCACGUGAGCGGCGCGUGAGGGGGUUCCAAGGGCACGUGCGGGAACUGAAGCCACGAGAGCUCGAAUCAAACCGCAGCACGCUGGGUCAGUUCGCCGCCUCGCCAUCCCCCUCCUCGACGGCGACGGCCUCGAGCCCUCGACGCCCCGUCGGCGUCGCCAUGCGCCUCGCUCACCGCCGCCUCAAGCCUCCGCCGCGGCCAUGCCGCUCCGCCUCCACUACCUUCUCCACCGCGGCGGCCGUCACGAACGCCCCCUCCGCGGACCGCUUGCUGGCGCUCCUGCGCGGCUGCGUCUCCGCGUCCCACCUCCCUUUAGGCCUCCAAAUCCACGCGCGCGCCGUCGCGUCGGGCGCCCUCGCCUCCCACCCGGCGCUCCAGACCCGGCUCAUCGGCAUGUACGUGCUUGCGCGCCGGUUCCGCGACGCCGUCGCGGUGUUCUCCGCGCUCCCGCGCGGCGCCGCCGCGUCCGCGCGGCCCUGGAACUGGCUCAUCCGCGGGUUCACGGCGGACGGCCAGCACCGCCUUGCCGUUCUGUUCUACCUCAAGAUGUGGAGUCACCCCGCCGCGCCGCGCCCGGACGAGCACACCCUCCCCUACGUCGUCAAGUCCUGCGCCGCGCUCGGCGCGGUCGUCCUCGGCCGCCUCGUGCACCGCACGGCACGGGGGAUCGGGCUCGGCCGCGACGUGUACGUUGGGAGCGCGCUCAUCAAGAUGUACGCUGACGCUGGCCUCCUCCGAGACGCGCGCGAGGUGUUCGACGGAACGGCGGAGCGGGACUGCGUGCUUUGGAACGUGAUGAUGGACGGAUGCAUAAAGGCUGGAGAUGUGGAUGGGGCGGUGCGUUUAUUCCGGGACAUGAGGGCAUCCGGUUGUGAGCCCAAUUUCGCGACACUGGCAUGCUUUCUGUCUUUGUGUGCCGCAGAGGCUGAUUUGCUGUCUGGGGUGCAGCUUCACUCUCUGGCAGUGAAAUGUGGUUUAGAGCCGGUGGUGGCUGUGGCUAACACAUUGCUAUCGAUGUAUGCCAAAUGCCGGUGCUUGGAUGAUGCCUGGAGAUUGUUUGACCUGAUUCCACGGGAUGACUUGGUAACCUGGAACGGGAUGAUCUCAGGAUGUGUCCAAAAUGGGCUUCUUGAUGAGGCAUUGGGAUUGUUCUGUGAUAUGCAGAGGAGUGGUGUUCGACCAGAUUCAGUUACGCUGGUCAGUUUGUUACCGGCUUUGACUGACUUGAAUGGUUUCAAGCAGGGGAAGGAGGUACAUGGUUAUAUUAUCAGGAACUAUGUGCACAUGGAUGUCUUUUUGGUGAGUGCUUUGGUAGACAUCUAUUUCAAGUGCAGGGAUGUGAAGAUGGCACAGAAUGUAUAUGAUGCAGCUUGGGCUAUUGAUGUGGUUAUUGGCAGUACAAUGAUAUCAGGUUAUGUUCUUAAUGGGAUGAUUGAAGAGGCACUGCAAAUGUUCCGGUACUUGUUAGAACAGUGCAUCAAACCAAAUGCUGUUACUGUAACUAGUGUCUUACCAGCAUGUGCUAGCAUGGCUGCUAUGGCUCUUGGUCAGGAGAUCCAUGGUUAUGUUCUAAGAAAUGCUUAUGAAGGAAAAUGUUAUGUUGAGAGUGCACUAAUGGACAUGUAUUCAAAAUGUGGCAGACUGGACCUUAGCCAUUAUAUCUUUUCCGAGAUGUCUGUGAAGGAUGAGGUGACAUGGAACUCAAUGAUUUCAAGCUGUGCACAGAAUGGAGAACCAGAAGAAGCUCUUGACCUUUUCCGUCAAAUGAGUAUGGAAGGAAUAAAGUACAAUAGUGUAACUAUAUCUUCUGCCCUAUCAGCAUGCGCGAGUUUACCAGCUAUAUAUUAUGGAAAAGAGAUUCAUGGUGUUAUCAUAAAGGGUCCUAUAAGGGCAGACAUAUUUGCUGAGAGUGCUCUGAUAGACAUGUAUGGCAAAUGUGGGAACUUGGAUCUGGCUCUUCGUGUUUUUGAAUCCAUGCCUGAUAAGAAUGAAGUGUCAUGGAACAGUAUAAUUGCUGCCUAUGGAGCUCAUGGUCUUCUUAAAGAGUCAGUGAGUUUAUUGUAUCGUAUGCAAGAGGAAGGGUUCAAGCCGGAUCAUGUAACAUUCCUCACUUUGAUAUCUGCCUGUGCUCACGCUGGGCAGGUUGAAGAAGGAGUUCGACUUUUUCAAUGCAUGACUAAGGAAUAUCAAAUUGCACCACGAAUGGAGCAUUUUGCUUGCAUGGUUGACCUAUACAGUCGUUCUGGGAAGUUAGAUCAAGCUAUAGAAUUUAUUGCUGAUAUGCCUUUUAAGCCAGAUGCUGGCAUUUGGGGUGCCCUUCUCCAUGCUUGCCGCGUGCAUCGCAAUGUUGAGCUUGCCGACAUAGCUUCCCAAGAACUAUUCAAGUUGGAUCCUGGUAAUUCUGGUUACUAUGUCCUCAUGUCCAAUAUCAAUGCAGUUGCUGGACGAUGGGAUGGUGUAUCAAAAGUUAGAAGACUGAUGAAGGAUAAUAAAGUCCAGAAGAUACCUGGAUACAGCUGGGUAGAUGUUAAUAACAGCAGCCAUUUAUUUGUUGCAGCAGAUAAAAGCCACCCUGAUUCUGAAGAUAUCUACAUGUCCUUGAAGAGCCUUCUUCAAGAACUAAGAGAGGAAGGCUAUGUUCCGAGACCAGAGCUAUGUCACCCCAUGCACCCAAAUAACAGCACACAGGAAGGACACUUUGUGAUACAGAGAGCUGCCUGCAGUUUACAUUUUCAGAAGUGGUCCACGUUGUCCCUACAUUCCCUUUGCCCUGAUAUGGUGCCUUGAUACCAGUUUACAAGCUCAUUGGAUUCAUGAGUAACGGUGACAGUUUUCUGUGCCAAGUUCUGCAGUUUAGCUUGGAUAUAUGCCAUUCUCAAGCCUUAAAAGAUGCAGAAAACCAAAGGAAAAUUUGAGGAAAGUUUUUUGUUUGAUAUUGAGAUUUUCAAGGAGAAGCUUCGCAUGUUCAGAUGUCUUCCUGAGAGGCUGUGAUAAUCACCAUCAUUUGCUUCAGUUGCUACUUGCAAGCAUUAUGAAAGUUUGGGCACAAGUAUGAAGGCAGAUACUGUACUAUUCAGCUUCUACUGGCUAUUGAAUUGGCCAAAUCAUUUGAGGAAAGCUCUUGUAUUUCUGCAGAUGGAACUUUCAUAUGUCAUCAUCCAAAGCUUCCAGCCCAUUUGCAAGCUUCCCACGUUGAAUUCGUGCAAGACUUUGAGGAUUCUUUAUUGCAUCCAGCAUCCUGUCCAAGAACUGAAUGAACUGACGGUCCUCAUGAGCAACCUGGGGAUCUGAAAACCUGUCGAGAUGUGGCUCGUGGUCCUGCACGUAUAUCGCAAGCAGCAAGCUCAGAAGACUUUUCAGCAGAAACGAUGGAUACAUACACGCAAAGAAGGGGACAGAAAAGGUAUCAACACAGAAAUGGGUCCAGAUGAAAUUAUCUGAACGCAUUUCUUGUUGGAAGGCACUGCUGCAGACCGAUCGAUCACCGGCCGGUGGAAGAGGACUGCAGAGCCCCUCGCCGCAGCUGAAGCUGAGCAGCUGCCGCCGGCCAUGGCCGCCGGACAGACUGCCAGCCGACUGGAUCCUCUGGAGCAACAGCCGCGACGCCAUGGUUUGCCGAAAAGAGAGGUCAGAGAUUGCGUUGGUUCCGUCGCCUACCUUUCCCCUCCGCCCAAGUAUGCAGGGCUGUUCAGCUGCAGCAGAGCAUGUUAUACAGACGGAGACGGAGAUGCUGACUUGAGGGUUUACGCUAGGUGUGGCGUUGGUCAUGGAAAAGCGUUGACCACCUCGUCGCUUUUUCGGUAUUUGGAGGUCUGGAGUUUGGACUGUGGGCAGCUGCGCCAUACGUAGUUGAAUUUUUUCCCCUUUUUUUAGAAAGAUAAAGAGUUGAAUUUGAAUCGGCUGCGGCACGCGCCUACAAUAGAGUAGUACAUGUGAGUGACUUGUAUAGAAGACUUCUCCCUGACCGUGCACCUUUCCUUUGCAUGAAGAAGAAUUCGUCCACGGUUUGUCAAA